AUGAGUAAACAUAGCCCCUGCAACAGCAUCGUGCACACUGCGUUACAGUCGAUAUUCAUAUCUUCCUCCUCUUUGUCACAUGAACGACAAGAGCUCCUAAUUCGUCUACAGGCAGCUAUUGGCCCACGUCACGUUCUCUUCAGCUGUGCUAUUCACGGCACUCUGGGAAUAGCCGUCUUUCUUGCGAGAGAAUUGAUCUGGUACACCUCAGUUCCUCAGACCGCCGGUGUCACCACACGGACUGCAGUGAAGACGAAGGGGGCUGCAGCCGUUUGCUUCAUUCUCUUCGGAUCAUCUUUCCUAUUUCUGUCCAGUCACUUUAAAGCCCACAGCGAGAAUCACCACCUCCGAGUAAACGAUUACAACAACGUGGUAUCCGGCCUAAGUCUUCCUAGAUUCGACAUGACCAGAGGAUAUAGGCAGAAAGGUCAAGAAAGUCUUGACCGAUUCGAUGUUGUCUUCUGGGCUGGGGAUUUGAAUUUCCGAAUUCAGCAGCCAAGAGCGAUCGUGGAGCAGAUGCUUAAGUCGGAACGAAGGAGCAGUCUGUACGACAACCUAUUAUGUUCUGACGAGCUUCACUUGUCACGAUCUGCAGGUCGCGUCUUUCAGGGAUUCGACGAAGGAAAGAUCAAAUUUCCCCCGACGUUCAAGCUGGAUCCAAACUCUGACGCAUAUGACACUUCGGACAAACAACGCGUCCCUUCAUACACAGAUCGGAUACUCUUCCUGGCCCAUAGGAAGGGUGAAGUCACAUGCCUUCAUUACGACUCCAUUCGGACAAUCCGCUCAUCGGAUCACCGACCAGUUUAUGGAUUCUACGCGGUACACCUGAAGCCAGGAUGCGAUAAUAUCGCGCUGGCAGCAGGAGCAUUCCAUCGCGAUGUCUACAUCGCAGGCAAUCGUCGCCGAGCACUUCAAUUCGAUUUAACGAAGCCAAGGUCCACUUCACAUACCAAAAUGUGCCGCACACAGUGA